AUGUUGUUCACGAACCCCUCAACGGCAGCUCGCGAGAAUAUGGCCAAAAAUCGUGGCCAGCCAGGCGUCUGGUUUGCCCAUCUUGCGGACUAUCGUGAGCCGCAACCCAAACCACGUGUUCGCCUGGCAAAAGCGCUCUCCAUAGCACGUCGUAACCAGCCGAACAGGUCUAUGGCUACCCUGGCGGGAUUCGAGCCCAUCUCCGACCAGGGUAAGUCCAGACCUGAAAGUAAGCCCUGGUGCUGGAAGGACUGGGAGAAUGAGGCUGACGAGUGCUGGGAUGAUGUAGCGUUGACACCGGCUCGGGUGAGAACGGAGAAGGCCGCGGAAAACGCUAAACGAUUUGCCGAGCAGAAGAACACUUGGCACGACUUUGAAGGCAACCUUCGCUACCAACCGACUCCGAGGCAGCCGAGACUGGGACCCGGCGAGGAGGUUCAGGUGAGUCGAGAGCUUUAG